UUUCAUCACCUUCUUCAUUCCAUUUCUAUCAACACUCUCUCAUAGAUAUGGCAUUCUGCUUAUCAUCCAAACAUUUGCUCCUCCUCUCAUUUUUCAUCGCAAUCUUCUCCUCCUCGGUGCUGGCUCGUGAUUUCUCAAUCGUAGGGUAUGCACCGGAGGACUUGACAAGCGUCGAUAAAUUAAUUAAUCUAUUCGAAUCGUGGCUAGCAAAGCAUGCCAAGAGUUACCAGAGCAUUGAAGAGAAGUUGCAUAGGUUUGAGAUUUUUAGGGAAAAUUUGGUGCACAUUGAUGAAACAAAUAAGAAGGUGAGCAGCUAUUGGCUCGGGCUGAAUGAGUUCGCAGACUUGAGCCAUGAAGAGUUUAAGAAGAUGUAUCUGGGCCUCAGGGCUGACUUGUCUACAAGGAGAGAGUCCAGUUCUGAAGAUUUCAUUUACAGAGAUGUUGUUGAUUUGCCCAAGUCUGUGGAUUGGAGAAAGAAAGGAGCUGUCACUAAUGUCAAGAACCAGGGUUCUUGUGGUAGUUGCUGGGCAUUUUCGACAGUAGCUGCAGUAGAGGGAAUCAACCAAAUUGUGACGGGGAAUUUAACAACAUUGUCGGAGCAAGAGCUAGUUGACUGUGACACAACCUUUAACAAUGGCUGCAAUGGAGGUCUAAUGGAUUACGCAUUUUCCUUCAUAGUGUCCAAUGGUGGACUUCACAAGGAGGAUGACUAUCCUUACACCAUGGAAGAAGGCACCUGUGACGAGAAAAAGGAUGAAUCCCAAGUAGUGACUAUUAGCGGGUACCAUGACGUGCCACGAAACAGCGAUGAAAGCUUAAUUAAGGCGCUUGCAAACCAACCAUUGAGUGUCGCGAUUGAUGCCUCAGGCCUCGACUUCCAGUUCUACAGCGGGGGUGUAUUUGACGGGCAUUGCGGAACAGAGCUGGACCAUGGAGUGGCUGCAGUAGGAUAUGGAACAGCAAAGGGAGGAGACUACAUAAUAGUGAAGAACUCAUGGGGUCCGAAAUGGGGAGAGAAAGGUUACAUCAGGCUCAAGAGAAACACAGGCAAGCCUGAAGGCAAAUGUGGCAUCAACAAAAUGGCUUCUUAUCCCACCAAAUCCAAGUAGAUUAUUCACCAUCCAUCCAUGCUGCUUGUUUGAUGUUCACUUUGCUCACUGGUUUUCUUUGAAUCAACCGCUGUUUCGAUUCUUCUUCUCAAAAAGAUGAAUAUUUAAUAAAUUUCACAUUUCACUGAGGGGUGACAAGAAAGUAAAGCCAAGACUGAAGAUGUUCAAGUAUUAUUAAACACUGCAACUAAUUUCCUGUACAAAUGCCAAAAUUUGGUUUUUAGUAUUCGCAUCAAUCAAAUUCAGUGAGAACUUUUCAUUCUA